GUGGUCCAAAACUGUCUACGACGACUUCACCUGCGAACAAGGUCUUUGUCACAAGCCCUGUGCAGAAACCGGAGAGGUCCAGGUCGUGCGCCGGGACCAGGUCAAGGUCCAGGAGGGAGUCCUUGCGAGGGGCAGACCGGGCAGACCUCAGCCGGAGCCAUGGCCAUCAAGCUGAGGCAGCGCCUGAACAUCCUGCAGCGGCACGCCGAACUGUGUCUGCUGAGAGGCUGCGGUUCACGUCCAGCAGCCCAGUUGCACCAGAUGUGUCUGCAACCACCGAGCCAGCACAAUGCGGCCUCGGCUCGGAAGGACGACCCCAGCGGGCGUGGGGUGCUGUUCCUGCGAUGCCCGACUUGGAAGGCUCUCAGAGCUCAGAGCAGGCGACUGGGACGGUGUUCCGAGCAAGACGAUCCUUCGCGCAGACGGACAAGCAAGAGGCACCGGGGAAUUCUGGAGGCGCCGGUGAGGCACCGUCCGGAUUGCUUGGAUCGAUCAUUGAGGAUGUCGCACAACUAAGUGCUCAAGUUGAGAAGCUCCUCAGCCGGCGUAAGGAUGUGCUGAAAGGUACUGGACACCGGUACUAUGCCAGGGCCAGCUCCGAUGUGAGAGAUGCAGCGCUUGAGCUUUCACGAAGUGACUCGAGCGUAGCGGAAGGAGACGCUGUCGCUCACAGUAGGGCCAGCACUGCAGCCGGC